AUGGCAAAUUCAUCUAAUAUAAUUGGUCUUAGAAUUGGUCAAAGUUAUUCUAGUAUCGCUAUUAUUAACAAGGAUGGUAGAGCUGAUUGUAUCGCAAAUGAAGAUGGUGAACGUCAAAUACCUACAAUGGUGGCAUUUUCUGGUGAAGAAGAGUUCACAGGAACACAAUCUAAAGUACAACUACUAAAUAAUUCAAAAAACACAAUUACUCAAUUCAGAAAUUUCAUUGGUAGAAGUUAUACUGAAUGUAAAUUAAUGACAUCAAAUUCCACUCCUACUACCAUUACAGCCACUCCAUUAAUCAAUAAAGAUGAUAAACCAGCUUAUUCAGUUGAAUUCAAAGACCAAGAAACCAUUUUUACAGUUGAAGAUAUUUUUAUAAAGUAUAUAAAAAGUCUUAAAGAAAGUGCUGAAAAUUUUUUAGGUUUUCCAGUUGAAGGAUCAGUUCUAGCUGUUCCAACUUAUUUCACUGAAAAACAACGUGAAGCUUUAAAAACUGUAACUGAAAAUGCUGGACUACAAGUUUUACAAAUAAUCAAUGAACCAACUGCUGCAGUAUUGGCCUAUCAUCAACAUCAACAAAAUCUUUUUGCUAAUAGUAGUAGUACUGCAUUGCUUAAUAACAACAAUAACGCCACCUCCACAACUACCUCAACCACUACAAGUUGUUCUUUAUCACCAUUAAAUAUUAAUUAUAGUAAUAUUUUAGUUGUUGAUUUAGGAUCUGAUAGUUUGGAUGUGACAAUUUUAUUAGUUCGUUCAGGAAUAUACACAAUACUAGCAACAAUUCAUGAUCCAAAUCUUGGUGGCUCAGCAUUUGAUGAUCUACUUAUCAAUCAUUUUAAAAAUGAAUUCAAACGUAAAACAAAAAUUGACAUAACAAACAACAAACGUGCUUUAAUGAAAUUAAAAAAUUCUGUUGAAUUUACUAAAAAAACAUUGUCCAGUAGUACUGUAGCUCCUUGUUCUGUGGAAUCAUUGGCCGAAGGAAUGGAUUUUCAUGGAAAUAUCAAUAGAACAAGAUUUGAAAUUAUGGCAAAUAAAAUUUUUAAUAAAAUUUUUGAAAUUGUUGUCAAUAUUUUAGAAAACAAUCAAUUAAAACCUCAAUAUGUUGAUGAGGUGAUUCUCGUAGGUGGUGCAUCUAGAAUUCCUAAAAUACAAAUUAAACUUCAAGAAGUUUUUCAAAAUUCCAAUAAAACAAUAAUUCGUCAAGAUUUAGAACCAGAUGAAAUAGUAGCAUAUGGUUGUGUAUACCAAGCCUUGUUUAUUGCUAAUCUUAACAACAUUCAAACCAUUAAAGGUUUUCUUGAGUCAACAACAUCAACAACUCUGUUAUCCACACCACACUUAUCAAAAACAAUUGGUACAGUCAUUGCUGCUACCAAUGAUAAUAAUGAUGGAUUUGUAACAUUGAUUCCAGACAAUGCACCUUUACCUAUUCGUCGUAUUUUUCAAUUUACAAACUCAAAAGAAAAUCAAAAGGCAGUUUAUGUCCCAAUUUGGGAAGGUGCUUACAAACUAAUUUCAGAUACAAAUCCUAUUAAAAAUACAUUGUUGUGCCAGAAACAUUAUUAG